CGCGCGGCGACGCUUCUACCACGCGACAUUCGCCUCUGGAUAUCAAGAAUCGCCUCGCAACUCAUGCGGAGCACCCUUCCAUGACCACCUACGCAAACUAUCUGCCCGAUGAGAUCUUACUCGAGGUACUGGUCUACAUAGAGGCAUGGGACACACGCUCGAGACAAGCAACACUCGCGCGCUUCUGCGCCGUGAAUAGGCAAUGGUACGACGUCGCAAUCCGACCCCUCUACGACUCGCCCUUCCUCACCGGCCGCGCCUACGACCUCUUCGUCCGCACAAUCUGCCCCUCGGUCCUCGCGCACAUCAAACUCUCCCCCCUCCAGAACCUCAUCCGCGUCCUCGACCUCUCGCACAUCAUCCACCAAGGUACCAAAUCCACAACGGCCCGCCUCCUCGGCCGCACGAAAGCAGGCUUGCAAGUCUUCAUCGCCCCGCAGGCCAGCUUCGCAGUGAAUUGCUGGGCGAGUCUUUCAAAAUGCGAGAGGCUGCGGGUCCUGGACCUCAGUCUGGUGAGCGAGUGUAUCAGUUUUCAGAGCCUGGCGCAGACGCUACGGAGACUGGGCUUGCUGGAAGCGAUUUACCUCCCGCGGUGUACGAGCAGCUACGAAGGGCUGAGCAUGAACGUCCGCUGGCCGCCGAAACUAGCGCAUCUCUCGCUGUCGGGCAAGGUGAAUGGGAAAUUCCUAUGGGAUCUGUUGAGACAGCCUGACCACUUCCCGCCCUCGCUGCACAGCUUGAGCAUCCUGCACUCCCCGGGGCUGGAUCACACGGGCAUCCGUCCGCUGCUGCAGAACCUCGAGAACAGCUUGACGACCGUCGAGUUGAGGGACCUGCCGAACGUAAAGCACGGCCGGCUCAACAGCGUGCUCGAAUGGCUCCCGCACCUGACCAGCCUGACCAUCGCGCUCGACUACAUCGACUCGCGCUUCGGCCACAUGCCUGCCGACUGGACGCCCGCAUCGUGGCCCGCCGCGCGCCCGUUGCAAUCCCUGACGCUCGUAACCAGCGGGCAGACAUCCAUCAACCCCUCGCGCUGCUUCACGGCUAUCGACUUGUACACGUUGAUCGAUGAGCGGUAUCUCGGCCGUCUGCGCUACUUGAACAUCGCGCAGAGUUCGGAGUGGGAGAACGAGCACGAAGGCGCUGAGAUAGGGGCGCUGGAGAUGUUGCUUGUUGAUGAUUUGGAUCGCGAGAAUUGGGAGCAGCGGCGGUGGCACUACGCCGAUAUCAAUAUGGAUGGAAGGGGGGAUAUGGCGUUUGAUGAGUGGUUGAAGACGGGGCAGGGCAGGAGGAUGGGGGCGCGGUUGAGGAUGUUGAAGGAUAGGUGACAUAGGGGGUUCAGGGUGAUGAACUGAUCCUGGGGAUCGAUUUAGGCCCUGAACGUGAAAUCGAGAGUAGUUAGGCGAGAGAGAGAGAGAGAGAGAGAGAGAGAGAGAGAGAGAGAGAGAGAGAGAGAG